CCCCAGAUCCCCAAUCGCCACAACAACAACAAUGUGCACCAACACCGAAGUCCGCGAGCGAUGCAGAGAGUGCGACGCCAUGAUGGGCUUCGACUUCCGCGUCGACCCGUGCCAUCGCGCAGCCGAGAACCGCGGCUGGUGUAAGACGAUGGGGUAUGCGAUCGAGGCCAAGUGGAUCGACAAGGAGAACUGCGCUGCGUGCUGGGACGCGGUGAAGGCGGCCGAGGAGGAAAAGGAGAAGGAGAAGGAGAAGGAGAAUGGGCAACCUCCAACCCUCCUCCCUCUAUCAAAUCCCCAAUUACCAAAAAUGUGCACCAACGUCGACCUCCGCAAACUGUGCAAGGGCUGCUACACCUUCCUGGGCUACGACAUGCGCAUCGACCCGUGCCAUCUCUUCACCGAGGAGCGCGGGUGGUGUCGAGCCAUGGAGCACACCAUCGAGGCCAAGUGGACCGAAAAGGAGGAAUGCAUCCAGUGUCUCGACGCAGAGAGGCGGGCGAAGGAGGAGAAGGAGGUCACGGACGCUGCGGUGAAGCAGACGGGGUUGGAUGGUCAAUGA